UUCUCAUACCAUUCGCUUCGAAAGGCCGGGGACCUAUCCUAGGAUGGAAAGUCGGAUGACGAUGUAAUGACCUUUUGAGUUUCUCUAUCCAUUUUCUUUUCGCAAGUGUGCACGCAACCCACACUUAUCCUCAACCAUCAUCUUCAUGUUUCGGUAUAUGAAGGCCAGUCAUAUACACGUGUGUCGUUUAUUGAACAUUUCCGGGUUAUUACUAUCAGGGCGGGAUGGGGGAUCGGGAUCAGGAAGCCUCGAUUGUGACCGAUUGCUAUUUUCUUUUCUCUAUAUAUACAUUUGUGUCUGUGUUGUUCGUUUCGUUGUUCUCUUCCAAACGCGCAAAUCGGAGUCCAGGGAAUACGGGGUGUUUAUAUUGACUUCUUUUGUUUUCGCUGAGACCCAGGCACGUACAAUCUCGCAUCUUUCAUUUAUCGUAUGGGGCUAUAGCUAUGAGGCGCCGGCUUGAAGCCGACCAUACCUGGGGAUUUCUCAGGAGAGAGAGGGUGAUUUACCAGACUGAAAUGAAUGAACAAGAAGAGCCCACUGAACAAAUCUUCGAUGAACGAAU